AUGAAAAGCUGCAAAGCGAGAGAGCCUCCUCCUCCUCUGGUUCAAUUUGCAGAGCUUGUGCUACCCUAUCUUAACCCUUCCGAACUCGCCAACGUCUCUCUCACCUGCAAACCUCUCCUCGAACACUCCCACACCAUCACCCACCGCCGCGCCUCCGACGCUUCCAGAACUUUCGAGACCCUUCCGAUCCCGUUCCUCAACGCGGUCGAUCCCCACCCCUACGCGCCCUUCCUCUACACGCGCUCUCUCCUACUCCCCUCCCCGCUCCCCCUCCCGCGCCAGCCCUGGGGCUCUUCAGUAUUUUCUCCCUCCGCGCAGUGUGGCCUUCAUCGUGCGGAGUCUGUGGGCUUCGUCGAUGGCGCGGGCCGGGCCGUGUCGGGCUGCGAGUGCGAGGUGUGUGCCAGCGCUGAUUGUCCUUGUGCAAGCCUGGAUGGGCUGGAUGACGUUGGCAGAGAGUGCGGGCCCGGGUGCCGGUGUGGGCCCGAGUGCGGGAACCGCUUGACGCGGAAUGGCGUGGCGGUCAGGGUGAAGAUUGUGAGGGGUUGGAGGAAAGGAUGGGGGUUGCACGCGGAUCAGUUCAUUGGGAAAGGGGAGUUUGUGUUUGAGUAUGCAGGUAAUUUAUUCUUCUAA